GAGCCCAAACCAGCCACUCUUCGGUCAGUCGACGAGAUCUUCGGAUCUCGUGCACAAUUUUCCAGUCAGUCGAACUGCAGCACUUGAAACGUCAACAUGUUCCGAAUCCUCAAAUGUCGAGAAACCUUAUCGCCGCGGUUGUUCUACCGGGCCAAACAUUCGGGCAAAGUGAUAGCGAUUCGUCGCGAGGAUCAAUCAGUAUGGGAACGACGAGCCUCCUUCAGUCCGGUGAUAGUGAAGAAGCUCAUCAAGCAAGGCGUAAAGGUGAUAGUUCAACCGUCCAACCGGCGAGCCUACCCAAUGCAGGCAUACUUGAAUGCUGGCGCCACCGUACAGGAGGAUAUUAGCGAAGCGUCGGUUAUUUUCGGCGUCAAGCAGGUGCCCGUCGAUGCGCUGAUCCCACAGAAGACGUACUGCUUCUUCUCGCACACGAUCAAGGCACAAGAGUCCAAUAUGCCACUGCUGGAUGCAUGCCUGGAGAAGAACAUUCGGCUGAUCGAUUACGAGAAGCUGAUGGACCGAAACGGACAGCGGUUGGUGGCAUUCGGGAAGUACGCUGGCGUCGCCGGAAUGAUCAACAUUCUGCAUGGAAUUGGAUUACGAAUGCUAGCGCUGGGGCAUCAUACGCCGUUCAUGCACGUGGGUCCAGCUCACAACUAUCGGAAUUCGUCAAUGGCACGCCAAGCGGUACGAGACUGCGGUUACGAGAUCGCUCUUGGUAUGAUGCCAAAGUCCAUUGGACCACUGACGUUCAUCUUCACCGGAUCUGGAAAUGUAUCGCAAGGUGCCCAGGAGGUGUUCCAAGAGCUACCGAUCGAGUUUGUCCCGCCGGAUAGCUUGCGAAAGGUGGCGGAACACGGCAGCCAGAACAAACUGUAUGGUUGUGAAGUGAGUCGAGCAGAUCACCUGGAACGACGCGAAGGUGGAGGCUUCGAUCCCGUUGAGUACGAUCAAUAUCCGGAACGAUACAUCUCUACCUUCAACAAGAAGAUCGCUCCGUACGCAUCUGUGAUCAUCAACGGCAUCUACUGGGCUGUAGGAUCUCCCAAACUGAUCACAAUCCCAGACGCAAAGAAUCUUCUACGACCGGCAGACACUCCAUGGCUUCCGACCAGUCGCGGAGCACCCGCUCUUCCACAUCGCAUGCUUGCGAUUUGCGACAUCUCCGCCGAUCCGGGUGGUUCCAUCGAAUUCAUGAACGAGUGCACUACCAUCGAUACACCGUUCUGUUUGUACGACGCCGACCGUAACAAGGACCAAAAGAGUUUCAAAGGACCCGGAGUGCUCGUGUGCUCGAUCGACAACAUGCCAACACAGCUGCCACGGGAAUCAACCGACUUCUUCGGAGAAUUGCUGUACCCGUACGCCCUGGACAUCCUUCAAAGUGACGCUACCAAACCUCUGGAAGAUCAUAAAUUCUGCCAACCCGUUGAAGGUGCCAUCAUUUGUAGCAACGGCCAACUGACCACCGGAUUCGAGUACAUCAACGAACUGCGCGAAUCUAACAAUCGAUCGCGGCACAAGUCCGAAGGCAGCAGCGUGGGUAAGAAGCGUGUCCUGGUGCUGGGCGCUGGAUUCGUUUCAGCUCCAUUGGUUGAAUAUCUGCACCGCGAGGGAAACGUCAGUAUUAAAGUAGGCUCUCAAAUAAAGGAAGAAGCUGAUCGUCUGGCUAAUCGCUACCAAGGCAUCGAAUCUGUGUACAUCAACGUUGAGGAUGAGAGCGCCAACCUGCAGAAUCUGUGUGAAGAAAGUGACGUAGUCGUUUCCCUGCUGCCGUACGCCUUGCAUGGUCUGAUUGCCAAACAUUGCGUCGCCGGAAGGACACAUUUGGUGACUGCAAGCUACUUGAACGAUGAUAUUAAAGCUCUCCACGAGUCUGCCAGAGAUGCCGGGGUAACGUUGAUGAACGAGGUUGGACUGGACCCAGGUAUUGAUCACCUGUUGGCUCUGGACUGUAUCCAGGAAGUUCAGGAAAAGGGCGGCACCGUAGAAUCAUUUGUGAGCUUCUGCGGAGGUUUGCCAGCUCCGGAACAUUCCGAUAACCCACUGCGGUACAAGUUCUCGUGGUCUCCACGAGGAGUUCUUCUGAACACUUUGUCUGCUGCCAAGUACCUUAGCAAAGGACAAGUAGUAGAGAUUUCUGGUGGUGGUGAGCUGUUGACCGUUCCACGUGAAUUGGAGUUCUUGCCCGGAUUCGCACUGGAAGGAUUCCCCAAUCGUGACUCCACCAAAUACCAGGAACUGUACGGACUAUCCAACGUGCACACUCUACUGAGAGGAACCAUCCGAUACAAGGGCUUCUCGGACAAUAUUAAGCCGAUGCAGCUGCUGGGAUUGAUCGAUCCUAAUCCUCACCCCCUCCUACACCCCCAUGGACCUGAACUGACCUGGCGGCAACUAGUAAUUAACCUGCUCGGCCUGGUGGACGCCGAAAUCUUCUACGAAAAUCUGAGAAUCAAACUUGCCGAGAGGGUUGGAAAUCUUGAAGGCAUCGAGGAACUUGGUCUGCUGGACAACACUCCUGUGGUAAAGAUGGGAUCUCCACUGGACACUCUGAGUCACUACCUGUCUAAGAAGCUAGCCUUCGCAAACACGGAACGCGACCUGAUCGUUCUACGCCAUGACGUCGGAAUCCGCUGGAGCGACGGCCGCCGCGAAGAACGGGGCAUCAACUUUGUUGCGUACGGACAACCGGCCAUCAACGGAGGCCACUCUGCUAUGGCUGUGACGGUGGGAUUCCCCGCUGCGAUAGCCACCAAGAUGAUCCUUGACGGCGAAAUUCAACAGCGCGGCGUGGUACUUCCGUUUACUUCCGACAUCUAUCGGCCCAUGCUGGCCCGGCUGGAGAAUGAGGGAUUGGUGGCGACAACGACUUCUAAAAUGCUCUAAAGCGGAAACCUUUUUUUAAUCUGUUUUUUGUUUUGUUUUGCUUCGGCGCUUGUGGAAUGUUUUAAAACAUCAACGUAUUAGCAUACAGGGAGAAAGAGGACGUAACGAAUGAUUUAAGAAAACGAUAAGAAAUAAAGAUGAUAAUAAAGCGAAUAUGUUAAGGACAACAAACAU